AGGAGCUUUCUUUCCCCCCUCGCUCCGUUUCCGCAAAGUUUUUAACCAUCUCACCUUUCCACUCUCUCUCUCUCUCUCUCUCUCUCUCUCUCUCUCUCUCUCUCUGCGUUUGGCCUGAGAACGCGGAGGAAGUUCACUCGGCAUCCAACAUCAUCAUGAGUGACAUGAGGCCCGACAGCGGCUCCGACGACAGCGGCGAGGAGAAGGACUGGGCCGCGGCCAAGGCUUUCUUCGACAACCUCAAGACGAACAAACCGAGACCGCCCAAACCCCGGUUCGCGGUCACCAUCGCCGUCUCCUCGCGUACCCUCUUCGACAUGGUGGCCGAGAGGAAGAUCUACGAGGAGGAGGGGCUGGAGAAGUACGUGGCGCACCAGGUGGAGCACGAGAGCGAGCCGCUGGCACCGGGCGCCGCGUUCCCCUUCGUCAAGGCGCUGAUGAACGUCAACUCUCGGCUGAGGGAGCUCUACCCAGACAGCGAGGAGCUGUUUGACAUCGUCUUGAUGACCAACAACCACGCCCAAGUCGGAGUGCGCCUCAUAAACAGCAUCAAUCACUACGAUUUGACCAUCGAGCGAUUCUGCAUGACCGGAGGGAAGAGUCCCAUCGGGUACCUGAAGGCCUACAUGACGAACCUUUACCUCUCCAAGGACUCGGAGAAAGUCAUAGAGGCCAUAGACCAAGGAAUCGCCGCAGCCACAAUGUUCACGGCGGACAAGCAGACUCAGCUGAUCGACACGCAGCUGAGGGUGGCGUUUGACGGUGACGCCGUCCUCUUCUCGGACGAGUCGGAGAUCAUCGUGAAGAAACACGGCCUGGACACGUUCUUUGAGCACGAGCAGGAAUUUGAGAACAAACCUCUUGCGCAGGGUCCUUUAAAGUGUUUCCUGGAGGCUCUGGGCAAACUCCAGAGAAAAUUCUACGCCAAGAACGAGCGCGUAAACUGCCCGAUCCGGACCUACCUGGUCACGGCCCGCAGCGCCGCCAGCUCGGGGGCCCGCGUGCUGAAGACCCUGCGCACCUGGGGCCUGGAGAUCGACGAGGCCCUCUUCCUGGCGGGGGCUCCCAAGGGGCCCCUGCUGCAGAAGAUCCGGCCGCACAUCUACUUUGACGACCAGAUGUUCCACAUCGAGGGCGCCAAGGAAAUGGGCACCGUCUCCGCACACGUGCCCUACGGGAUUGGACAGAAGUACCACAAGGGGACGCUCAUCAAUCAGCCCGCGAAGAAGGAAUAAACUCACCGCAUCUUCUCGGAGGUAAUGGAGCGAUGAUACAGGGUUUUUCUAAUUUGGGGGGUUUUAUACAGUGGUUCCUACUCUUUUUAGUUUCUGAUAUGAUAUCGUUGAUGACUGGGGGAAUGUAUUUUUUCAAAGAGACACACUCGGUGCCAAACACUACAUCACUCACUGCUGUUUUGGGUAAGAAACAGAUUGAAAACCUGUUGGUGCCUUGUUACCACAUCUCUGUACCUGUUCUGUUCCGUUUAUUAAAUUGCCUUUACAUUUUUUUCUACCAUAAACACAUGUUUAUUGCUAAAUUUUUUUGUGCUUUAGUCAUCAGUCUUACAAUAUAGGAGCAGUAUUGGAGAAUAUUGUAAAUCUGCUCGUGCGGCUGUUUUUUUUCUUCUAUAUUGGGUUUUUCAUAGUUCUUUUUCAAUCACCUGCCAGAUUGAAGAUACAUUUCCAAAUCUAGCAAAAAAAAUGUACAAUGUUCUUUGUUGUCUGGCAAUAAGAUCGCAUAUUCAAUGAGUCUUUUUAACAUUUGGGUUUAUAGGGGUAGUAAGCGAUUCUAAAGCAAGUACACGUUUUGUAAAAUCCUCUGCGAAUAUUUCCUCACCGUCCGUUAGCUGUCGCUUUUGUGUGUUUGCCGGGGGGACAAAAAUCUGUGUUUUCGGCGCAGCCCUGGCUCUGUAAAUCAGAAAAAAAGAAAUAAUGGUGCGGACCGCACCACACCACACUGCGAGUGCAGUUUGUAAACGCCGCUUGGUUAGUGCGUCGCACUCCCAUACAGGAAGUCGUGGGUUCACUCAAGCAGCAAAAUCACGACAACAACAACAAAGGGAGAAACAAGCUUUCUCCAAAAUGGCUUACUGCCCCUUUAAUGUUUUACAAUGGACUUCUAUCAGGUUGGUUACUCGAAGCGGCCGACGAGGGAAACUGAUGCAGUCCGUCUUUGUUACUGUUUUCGCUGUCAAUAUUCACACGUUAUAUGAUAAACUCUAACGUUCACAGUCAUGUUCUGUGAGUUGUUUACACUUUUGAACUGUGUCUGUUCACCAGGCAGCACACUGUAACCUCAUUUGGCUUCAUAGAGGAGUGACCACAUAAUGUAUGUUUGCAGAUGGACCUUAUGUGUAUUUCAUAUUGCAAAAAUGGCUUGAAAAAACGUGUUUUUAGCACAGAUGACGUGUGGUAAAUUAAUAAAUAAAUGUGGAGGACAGCCA